AUGGUUUCGCUAUCUAUCUAUCUAUCUAUCUAUCUAUCUAUCUAUCUAUCUAUCUAUCUAUCUAUCUAUCAUGUUUGUUCAUAUCUAUCUCUCCAUGGAUCUCAACCUGUACAUAUCUAUCUAUCUAUCUAUCUAUCUAUCUAUCUAUCUAUUUCAGUCUUUUCAUCAUCUAUUUUUUUAUUUCAGUCUUUUCAUUAUCUAUCUAUCUAUCUAUCUAUCUAUCUAUCUAUUUAUCUAUCUAUCUAUCUAUCUAUCUAUUUCAGUCUUUUCAUCAUCUAUCUUUUUAUUUCAGUCUUCUCAUUAUCUAUCUAUCUAUCUAUCUAUUUCAGUCUUUUCAUUUUCUAUCUAUCUAUCUAUCUAUCUAUCUAUCUAUCUAUUUCAGUCUUUUCAUCAUCUAUCUAUCUUUUUAUUUCAGUCUUCUCAUUAUCUAUCUAUCUAUCUAUCUAUUUCAGUCUUUUCAUUUUCUAUCUAUCUAUCUAUCUAUCUAUCUAUCUAUCUAUCUAUCUAUUUCAGUCUUUUCAUCAUCUAUCUAUCUUUUUAUUUCAGUCUUCUCAUUAUCUAUCUAUCUAUCUAUCUAUUUCAGUCUUUUCAUUUUCUAUCUAUCUAUCUAUCUACCUAUCUAUCUAUUUCAGUCUUUUCAUCAUCUAUCUAUCUUUUUAUUUCAGUCUUCUCAUUAUCUAUCUAUCUAUCUAUCUAUCUAUCUAUCUAUCUAUCUAUCUAUCUAUCUAUCUAUCUAUUUCAGUCUUUUCAUUUUCUAUCUAUCUAUCUAUCUAUCUAUCUAUCUAUCUAUUUCAGUCUUUUCAUCAUCUAUCUAUCUUUUUAUUUCAGUCUUUUCAUUAUCUAUCAUCUCUAUCUAUCUAUCUAUCUAUCUAUCUAUCUAUCUAUCUAUUUCACUCUUUUCAUUAUCUAUCUAUCUAUCUAUCUAUCUAUCUAUCUAUCUAUCUAUCUCAGUCUAUUCAUAUCUCUCUUUCUCACUCUAUUUAUUAUGUGUCUAUCUACACGUCUUGGCCAACGUCUCCAACAAUUCAAAAUACAAAAACGUUGAUGAACUGA